AUGAUCGCAAUAGCCCUCUUACAACCAUCUUACCUCGAUACAGUCAUGUCGGAUCGUGCGACGGCCGCACCGCCUCCUCUUCGUCGACGCCUCCUUGCCGACAUCGCGGAGGUUCAACAAGACCCUUACCCGGGCGUGCACCUGUACUUGGACGAUCAGGACAUAACACGCGCCUGCUUGGUCUUGACGCCGCAGGAACAGAAGCCGCUGCAUUUGGAGAUCAACUUUCCGACUAAUUACCCCAUUUGCGCCCCAAAUGUUACGAUCCAGAGUCAUGUCGACCAUCCGAACAUCUUCGACAAUUACAUCUGCGCAACGAUCUUGAACACGGAUGAGGGCUGGACGCCGGCUUACACCCUCAAGGGCAUCCUGAUCCAGCUUCUGAGCUUCUUCUCGAGCGAUAUGAUCGAGCAGGACGACGGCCUUGCAGGCGAGAAGGUAGAUCUCGCCAGCUACAGAGCGCAGAGGAGGGCUGCUCGCGAGACGUACCGUCAGUACCACACAGAAGAGAGACAUGACAACAGCACCUGGUUCUACGAGUGCUACUGCUGUGGUUUCAAUAAGUCGUGGGUGCCUUCAAGGCCGGAUCCGGUCGCGCGGAAAUUUGCAGUCAUGGCGAACAAGCAGGCUGCAAAAUCGUUCGUUCAUCCGGAACACUCUAAGCUGUUUGAGCUUCCCGACGAAGUUAUUCUUAAUCUUUUGUCGUGGAUGGACACUACAGAUAUCAUCUUUUUCGCCGACGCCGUACCCACCAUCAAGCAUAUGCUUAUCUCGUACGACUUCAUUCGUCUUCGCGAACUGCAGUGCUUUUGCCUGAAGAAGUCCUUUCUGACGGCCAAGCUCGGUGUCGGUGUUUCAAUCGCUGGUGGUAGGAAGCCAGUCUUUCGCUCCGAGUUCGACUUGCUGUCCAACGAAGCAUACAACCUCUUCGGUGUUCGUAAAUCCAUACAGGGCGUCGGCUUCGAGAAAUGGCUCCCUAUACCCCUUUCGUAUCGCCACUGGAAGUCUGUGCAGCAGAAUGCGGGCCAUGCCUUAGAAGGAUUGCGGGUGGCUGCGGGGCUCUACGAGACAGACAAGGUAGCUGUCCUCUACCACUUCAUGAACUCGAUCGUGGUGCAAUUCUCCAACGAUGCCGCACGCUCUUGGGAGAAGCCAGAUGCACGAAGCACCUUAUCGCACGCGUCUGAGAAGGCAGUGGAGUCCUACUUCGCUUUGUUCCACCUUCUCUUGUGUUUUGCGACUGAGAACUCUACUAUUGUGAAUAACGCAAACCGUAUGGUUGCGCGCUUCCUUGUCGGACCACGUACCAAGACGCACUUCCCAGACCUUGGCCAUCUUCUCGUGGCAGCGCUCAUCUCCCAUACGGGCCUCACUCAGGAGCUGACUUUACACAUCAUAAAGGAAGCAAUCCUGCGUAAUGUGGUCUGGAUGCUCGAUAUUAGAGGUGCCGCUAUGGCUGAGCUAGCGUACCUCGAGCCCACGCCCAUCUCCGACUAUCGGCUUCAGAAGACUUUUGGAGCAUCGCGCACGUCCUACCGCCUCCUUAUGUUCCUCAAACUAUUCAGCUCCACCGCACGAACCCCCGGGAAGACACUCGUGCAGCUGCGCGAGAUACUGUUUGACACGCACAGCGCACCGCCGCCCGGUAUGACCGCCGCUAUGGCCCACAAGAUCCGUGCAAUUCAUUCUAUCGAUUGCUUCCCCCAGUUUCUGACAGCCAUGGGCAUUACCCAGAUGCCAGCUAGGUCGGAGUUCACAGCGUUUCUGCGACGCACCAUUGGUGACAGCGUGAACGCGGGAUACUCGCGAAUGCCUAUGAGCCAGAGCCAGUUGUAUAUGAUUCGGAGGCUGUAUGAGCCGGCUGUGGAGCGUUCGAAGGAGGUGCAAAUUACGCCCCAAUUGGAGGUUUGGUUCGAGCGCGGGGAGAAGUGGUAUGGAAACGGGUGGAAUGGUAGGCCAACUUUCUUCCCUCAGGAGACUAGAGCAGGUGGUAGCCGUGGUCGUGGUCCCAGUAGAAGGCAAGGAUAG